CCUGCCCUUAUUUACAGUUGUACGCGAUUUUCAUGGAGGAUGAUACCAUCACAGACGUAGACUUCUGUCUUCUCGGUUAUUUUUCUCCUUGUUUGUGUCUUGAUUAUGCUGUGACCCUCGAGGAAGUUUGUUCUAACUCGCCUAGGCUGUAACUGGACGAUACGAGCCCCGGCCGAAAUGUUUCUGCAUGUGUCAUGGGCAUUUUGUUGAUAUGACGUUUGUCUGGAUAACCUCUCCUGGCAUGAAACGGACCACCUUUGUUGGUGUUGUGUAAUUUGUGGCGAGCUGCUCGUGGCCUGCGCGCGAUGGAACCGCAUUUGUGUCAAGAAAAAAAGGGCGCCCUGAACGAUACGGGGCAAAGUUCGGCGGAUGGAGCCGAGACACCCCCGAGCCAUCCGCCUGCAGUGGAAGAAGUUGCAAUCAGUGAUCAAUAUGGCCUGAAGACUGAUAGAAUAUCCGGUGGCGACAGUCAAGAAGCUGCACCAGUGCCAUCAGGAGGAAUGCCUCUAUCAUCCAACGGUGAAGAAAGUGUGCUUGUUGCUACCGGAGACAUCAGUUGUGGUGAGAAUAGUGAAAGCAGUAGCCCAGUGAGUGACGUACCAAAAAGUGUUGAUAUGCUGAAAGCAAGUGGUGCUGGAGACUCCGUCGAAGACUGCAGAAAUUAUUCUGAGAUGAAUUCAACCAUCAGUCCUGGCAACAAAGAUAUUGAACAUCCACAUGAUGAUGACAUGGAUCCACUAAUUACUAUUGAUGACACAGAAUCACAGUCCUCUGAUCUGAUAAACUUUGAUACAGUUUCCUAUGAUGUAAUUCAACAACCUGCAGAAGAUGAUGAUGAGAAAAGUAUUGCAACAAUAUCUAGCCUUUCCUGUGAUAUUAAAAUGGACUCACCGUCGAAACAUUCUCAAGGUUCCAAUUCUUCAAGUCUCAUCAACCUUUUAGAUACAUCUACUAAAGAAGUUUCUGUUGCACCAGGAAGUCCAUCCCCAGAAAUUGUGGUGGAAGCACCUUCUUCAUCAGCAAGCUCAUGUCAUUCAAGCCCAUUGCAUCUUUCAUCCAAAACUGCGUCAUCUGCAGUAGAGGGAAGUUUUUCGCAAAUGACUACCAAUUCCGAGGAUGCCAAUGCUUGUGGUGUAGACUUAGUUCCAAAUGUGAUGGGUGUUGCAGUUUCAAGUAAUAUUGUACUUUCGCACGAGGAUCGCAUCAAUUAUGUUGAUAACGAGGAUAGUUUUGGCAAUCAAUCAGUAAUAUCAGAACCAAUUUCUCACUCUCCUCAUGUUUCACCUUCAAGUGAAGAUGUAGAAAGUCUUGAUCAGGAAUGCAUAAGUCAUGAACCAUCACUAAACUGUCAAUCUCUGGAUGAUGCAAUUCAGUCAGCAGCUCAACUGGAUACAUGUAAUGUUGACUUGAAUGGCGGGAACAAAGAUAUACAUAAUCAUGUUAAUAUAUCUUUAGGAAAAGACGUGAAGGACUCUCAAGAAAUAACACCAGCUGAUUUUCGUAGCACAGAUAUAGAGUACAAAGAUUUAGUACCCAAAAGCAAUAUGGUGGAUGACAGCUGCAUCGUCUUGGCACCAACUAUUAUUCAAGAAAAAUGUCCACUCUCAGAAGCUCAAAUUCAGAAGGAUUCCGCUUCUGAUUCCACUAUUUUUGAAUCUUUAAUGACUGAUUCAGCAUCUACAGGUGUUACCACUUUUGCUGAUUCUUCAUCUCUAGACAACUUAAUUUUACAGGAAACUUCAGAAAAAGUUAUUUCUUUAGCCUCUGUGGUGUCAACUUUUAAUGAAGUUAUGUCUCCAACCAUUUCAUCUGAGGAUACCUCCAUAAUUUCAUCAACUUCAGACAUUCCAGCUAUUGCGCACAUAGACGAUGUGACAACCACUGUGACAUCAUCACACAAUGAAGAUGUACAGGCUGAAGAAAUUUCCUCCUCACCUAUUUCACUGAUUAACGACGUUAUAAACAUCACCACAACUUUAGAAGAAGAGAAAAACUUCUGUGGACAUACAGAAACCAAAGAACCUACAAGCAGUGUUUCCUCUCGGGUUGAUUCCAUGACAUCUAACUGUGUCUCUCUUACUGAUAAACCAGCACAAACAAAAGGUUGUGAUAAUUCAAAUGAAACUCAAGAUGAAGCAUGUUUCAAACCGUCACUGCCUGAUCUCUAUCAACUGGUUGACGAAAUCGAAAAUGCUGACAACCCAGUUCUGAAUGAGGACCUUUCUUCACUUGCAGAUGGACCUGUGCUUUUAACAACUGUUGAAGCUGGUAUAAAAGAAGAUCUCAGCCCUGUUAAAAAUAUGAUGCCUUCAUUCAAAAUUAAAACUACUUCAGAAGCAAAAGAUGAUUCAGAAAAUAUUGCCGAUGAUGCAUUUUUAAUAAAUACUGCAAGUUCUGCAGACAUGUCCAAAGAUCUUGAUAGUGAUAAAUGUACUGAAAAUAUGAAAGACUUAAAUCUAGAAACUAAAGUUACUGAAACUGUGACUAAAAGCAUGGAUGCUGUCCCUUUACUCUUAGAAAAUUCUACUGGUCAAAUUAAGCGCCCAACAUCACUGCCAAACAUUGAUUCAAAUAAUUUGCAGGCAAAACAAACUCACAGCAUGAGUUUUUCAGAUUUUAUGGGUCUUGUAACGGCAACAAAUACAGGUCCUGCAAUUUCUAAACAGUACAAUGCAUCUUUACUGGAUAAUGCUCAACAAAUUGCCUCCAGUUUAGUGGAUGAUAUACUUGGCACUGCAAUACUCAAGGCUGAAGAGACUCUGAUAUCAUCGGCAAACUCUACAUCGAACCGUGUUGAAGCAGUCUCAGCUGCUCACACUCUAAUUAAUCAAGUACUUAAUAGAGCUGUGGCUCAGGUUUCUUCUCAUAAUGAAUGCAAAAAAGAAAUGUUGGAAAAUUCUAAUGUAAAAGACAGUCCAAAGGAUGUUACAACAGAGCCUUUAAUAUUACCAGAACCUAUGCCAGAGUCCAUAGACAGAAGACCAAUCUCGCCUCCUUCAGUAGCUCUUCUACCUGUUGUUUGUAGUGUGGAUCAACCACUCUCAGAUUAUGGCCAGGCAGAAGAGGAUUCAACAGUCCUUGACCAUGAAGGGGAACAUGGUGCUGGAGUAGAUCCUUCUUCAACAGAAACUGAAAUAAUACUCUCAAAUUCAAAUGAUAACCUGUCUCUGGAAAAUUUAACAUAUGACAAGGAUUCUCCUGAAGUUUAUGUAGUUGAAGAAUUCAAAUCACCAACAUUGAAACAUGAAGUAGGUGAACCUGAGGAUGGAACAAAUCCUCCAGCAUCAGAACCAUUUCUUGAACAAAUUGAUGCUGCUAUGGCAAAUUUAGAAUUAAACCUUAAAUCUAAUGAUAAAAACAUUAUAGAUGAUGUUCCUCAGGAAAACAGCGAAAGCAGUGUUGACUUUCCUUUUGAUGGACCAGUUGAAAUCAGUUCAAGUAGAUGUACUUCCCCAACAUCUGAACAUGCUAUGAAAGCUGGUGAGGAUGGCAGUCAAAUGGUUGCAGAUUUGCCUGGUAAUGAAGAUAUUUCUUCACUUAGCAAUACUAGCUCCGAAUUGGAUCUGAAGAUUAACGGCAGAUGUGCUUUAGAAAACCCUUCUGGAGAGAUUAGCAAAAGUAAUAGUUUAGUUGAUGUUAAUACCAAAGAAGAAUCGGGAAGAACUUCAUCAUCAGAAAAUGGUAAUUCUGAUUCUGCCCGAAGCAGUUUACUUACUUGUUCUGACCUAGGAAUCCGAUCUGAAGCAAGCAUUUUUGUUGAUGGUGUGUUGGAAGAAGCCGUGAAAAAGUAUGAGGAGUCCUCAUCUAGUGAAUCAAGUCCUAUGAAACUGAAAGGUCUUGUACUUGAUCCAGAUUUUCUUCAAGAAGAUGAGGAAUUGGCUACCCCUUGUGGAGAAAUGCUUACAGAACAUUUUAUGGAUUUUGAAAGUGGAAGAAAUGUAAGUGUAUUCUGUAGUAUACCUGAUAAUCCAUCUGAUGAUCAUCUUUUAGCUUAUGAUAGAAUAGCUCAUACUAUUGGAAACAGAGAGGUUGAUUCUGAUACUGGUAAAAGUGUUAGUGUCUUCAGAAUUGAAGAUGAUGUUUAUUAUGAAAUCCAGAGAGCUAGUACAUGUACUAGUGUCUUUGAAAGCGUUGAGGAGGAAGAUGAGGAUAUGGUUGACACUACUGUUCCUUUAGAAGAUCGUCCUACAAGGAAGAUGCGGACCUCUGCUUCAUUUCCCAGUUUUGAUAAGGAUAAGUUGGAUUUUUCUGAUGACCCUCUGAAAGCAGACAGCGAUGCUUUUGAGGAUGCUGUUGGAGCCUUUCUUGCGAAAGAGAGAUUGGUUCGAGAUGAAAGAAAACAUUUUACAGCAAUAGGUGGCAACAUCAAUCCAGAGGAGAACACAUGUAGAGCCUUAGUUCUGAGACAUCCAGAAUAUGAUUUAAGUAAUCAAGAAGAAAAGAAGAGAAUGGCUGAGAAAUGGGCCAAUGGGGGUGAGUCAGAAGUUCCAGAUACACCAGAAAUGCGAGAGAAACAAAGAUUAAUAAGGGAGGUUUUAGAAUCUGAUGAAGAUGUUCCUGUUAAGCUUUGUAAGCUUGCUCUGACUGAAGGUGGUCUUAUAAAUGACACACUGCGCCGUGAAGCUUGGCCACGAAUGUUGGGAUUAGACCCCACUUUGGAGGUUGAUGCACCUUUACUGGAAGAUCUGAAGUCACAUCCAGAGUAUGGCCAAGUUGUUUUGGAUGUAAACCGUUCUCUCAAAAGAUUUCCUCCUGAUAUCCCUGCUGAUCAAAGAGAAACUCUUCAAGACAAACUUACUCGCCUAAUUAUGUAUGUGAUAUCGAAGCAUCCUCAUCUUCGGUAUUACCAAGGUUAUCAUGAUGUGGCAGUGACAUUUUUGCUAGUGGUCGGGGAGAGUGUUGCUUUCCAGAUUAUGGAAAGGUUGUCCACUGAGAACUUGUCUGAUUGUAUGCAACCAACCAUGGAGCGCACAUCUUAUUUACUUCACUUUAUCUAUCCACUGCUUCACCGUCUCCAUCCAACCUUGGCAGAAUAUUUAGAAAGGUCAGAAGUUGGUACCAUGUUUUGUUUGCCAUGGUUCCUGACUUGGUUUGGCCACAGCUUGGAUCGAUACCAGGAUGUUGUUCGUCUCUAUGAUCAUUUCCUUGCUUCGCCUCCUCUUGCCCCUCUAUACGUAGCAGCUGUUCUAGUAGCUCAUCGAGCUGAUGAGGUUCUGGCUGUAGACUGUGAUAUGGCCGCCAUUCAUGCUCUACUUUCACACAUACCAGACACACUUCCUCUAGAAAUUCUUCUGCGGGAUGCAACUGAACUAUACUUCAAGUUCCCUCCAGAGAGCAUUGAAAGAGAAGUGGAGGAGAGGUUCAAAAAUGAGCAGCAGCUUCGAGUUCAUGAAAUGGAAGCCAGGGAGAAAAUGCGUCAGCGCCUCUUACGUCGUCGCCGAGGUCACCGCCAUGGGUCAUGGCAGCUUGCAGAGGUCCAUGAUAGGAUUGGGGGCACAAUGAUGACCCUCAACCGCUGGAUGCCUCCAUGGGUAGUUCAACAGCAGCGGCUCUCCAUGCGCCUGCUAUUUGCGUCGGCUACCUUCUUUGUAGGAUUUUAUGUAUAUUCUCGGGGUGGGGACAUGCUCCCCUACAUGUAAGUCCUUCAUUGCAACUUAAUUGUAUUGUUGAUCUACGUUUUUAUUGUUUGUUUCUAUGCAUUCCAUUUGUGAAAAGCAUAUAUAUAUAUAUAUGUAUGUAUGUGGCAUUGAUAUUGCUUGGUGCAUAAAAAAUUGCUCCCUCUCAUUGUGUUGUUACCAUAGGUGUAAUGUUAUUACUUCCUCUCUUUUAUUCCUUGUUUUCUCAUUUUCUAAUGUAAGCUACACCAAAUAAUGUCUAUGUGGGCUGUGUGAAUUUUUGAGUGAUAUGAAAUCUUUUGCAAUGUGGUGGCAAAGUGAGACUGAUAUUCCUACAUAUCUAUGACUAAUGUUUAGUGUGGGGCCUUCUGAUGUUAUUCUAGAGUUCAUGAAAUCUUCUGUGUAUGUUGUUUCUUGUUUGCAUAGUUUGCCUAGGCCUCACUUAUUUUUAUAUUGAUAGGACAUAUUUUAAUUGAAUGUGUUAUGUUCAAUCGGUAGUGUACUACACUUCAUUCAUGUAGAAGAGCAUUAAUUGACAACAAUUGUUUUAUUGAUGCACUAGUCACUCCUUAAAACUAUUACUUCAGUUUUGAUACGUACUGUAGCUUAGAAAAACACUUGGUCUCUUUCCUGUUUGCCUUUCUAAUUUCUGAACACUUGAAAUAUGUGUUUAAAGACCACACUUGUUAUAAAAACUUGAUUAUUGAUUUAUUCUGUUUCAUGUUAACUUUGAAUCAAGUUUAUACUGUUAAAAGAUUAUUAAAAAGCUAUUAAUAAGACAGAUUUUCUAAAAAAAGAAAACCUCUUUGUUCUAAUAUGAGAAAAAAUACCCUCUUGAAUGGUUCCAAGCUGUGAGACAUUUAAAUUGUCAAAGUUCAAGGUUGAGUGCUGAUCUUAAUUUGAUCAGCUUGUCCUACCUACCGUAAUCAUCUGGUUAUAUUUUCAUAAAGAUAUUGAUCCUAAAAUUGAGGACAAUGAGUAGUAAGCAAAUACUGUAAGAAUCUUAUCUAUUCAUUGCAUCUUCUUAUUGCUGUUGUAUGUAAUCAUUAACUGUUUUUCUAUUCUAAUAUGUAAAGCUAGCUAAGUUUGCUAGUUGCAACAACUAGGUGAAUCUUUAAACAAUAUCUUUUUAUUGUAGUCAUUGCUGAUAAAAAAUUUGUGUACCUGGUAUACCUACCAAGUAAUUAUCUAUCUAGUUGCUUCUAAUUUAGCUGAAACAAUGUUCUUAAAAGACAUUUUUUUGUGUGUCUUCUCUGUGUGUUUGGACAAUAGAUGUACUUCUGCUGAACAGAUUGUUAAGAAAUAUCUGACAAUUUUCCAAAACCUAAUAUUGAAUCUUAAGCAGCCUCUUAUAGAAAGAACCACAGUAUAACUAUCUUGUUAAUUCAUGCUGCUAAAAGCAUAACCAGUUGUGAUUGUUAAGUGAUUUUGUUAUAGAAUCGUAUAAUUGAUAUUCAGUCACUUAAUAAAACGAUUAAAACAAACAAAAAUAAUUGUAAUGGAUUACCUUAAAAAGAAGAUAUUCUCCCUGU